UUUAGAGAGGGUGUUUUAUAUAAACUAUACUUUUUGUUUUCUUCAAUGGUGUACUUUUUCACAACUCUCUCUCUAGCAGUGUUCAGUUUGGACUCUGCAAUUCUCUCUUCUUUCAAUUUCAACCUUCUCUUUCCUCUCUCUGAAGGUAUAUGCAUUGACUCGUUGCUUCGACAUUGUGGAAAGCUGCAGAGAUGGAAGAGGGUGUUUGGGUACCAAAGACACCUGCAAAGUCCAUUCUGGCAAGGUGGGGGCCAGUUUCUGUGGACGGAAAUUGGAAAAACCAUGUAAGUGGAAGUUUUUCGACUGGGACUUCACACGAUUCUGCGGAAUUCAAUGCCAUGUCUUCUGCAGACUCCAUGGAUGCAGCACAGGCUUUGAAAGAGAGGAUUGCUAAUGAGUUUGAUUUGAACAAAAGUCCAUGUGAGUUGGGUUUUGGAGAUUCAAGCAAUGGUGAUUGUGAGGAUAUUUUGGCUGGGAAACAAGGAAUAGAAAAUCAUGAUCAGGCAUGCAUUGAUUUGGGGUAUUUGAAGGGGAUAAAUGGUACAGAGGCUCAUGUUGGUGGGAUGGCUGAAAGUUCUGGCUUGAUGAGUAGUGAGAAUUCAAGUAGAGGUGUUAAUAGUUGUGGCACAAUAUUAGCUUGCUUAGACAAAAUUCAUUUCACGGAGCUCUUAAGUUUACCAGUUGAAACUCUGCCAGCCUUUGAAACAUGUGCAACACCAUGGGGUGGGGUUGGCAGAAUGCCUGGUGAUGGUGUGUGUCCUACUUCAUAUUCUAAAAAUGACAGCAGCAUGAACACUCCACUUGCAACAUCUUCCUUUGCUGAAUUUGGCAACUGUGUGGAACGAAAAGAUAAUACUGAGAUAUAUGGGUUUCAUGGACUAAAUCAAGACAAACACGAGGAUGAUGAUCUUUUUGCAAUCAAUAAAGAUGGCAAUGAAAAAUUUCGGCCUUCUGUUCGAUCAGCUUCUACUGGCUUUUCAACUCCAUCAAAGAAGGGUAAUGCCAGAUACAAAGAUGAUGUAAACUUGAACAAACAGUCACGGACCAAAAGGAAAAGAUAUUGGCCCAAAGUAGCAGUCGAAGGAAAGCUAAAGAAGACUCCAAAACCUUCAACUCCAAAGCCUUCAACUCCAAAACCACGCACUCCAAAGCCUCCUAAGCAUGCAACCUGCAAGAAAGGUUCAGUUGAGAAGCGGAAGUAUGUUAGGAAGAAUAAUCUCAAAGGCUCUACCAAACCCUCAAAAGACAUAGGUGUUGAUAGGCAAACAUUUGAUGCAAGUACCGGAUGUGUUUUAGAAUCAGGCACACCAGCUCUCAAUUCCACCUUUUUCUUGGAAAAUCAUGAGUGUGAGUAUGUACAGAAUAAUAGAAUCACGGCCUCAGCCAGGCGAGCUCUCAAAUUCAAUGGAAAAGAUGCCGGAAUCAUUAUUCGUCAAUAUCAACGUCGGAAAAAGAAAAAGGACAGUUCAUCACAUGACACAAACUCAAUUGUACAACAGUCCAAAGAAGACAAUGAAUCAAUGGUUGAAAACUCAGCAGACAUGGCGUUUGGCUUUACCCAGUCCAAGAAGUGGAAUAAAACUACUUACAUGGAAGAAAGAGGAGCUACUAAUGAUGGCACAAAUCAAACUGGUUGCCGCUACAACUCCAUGAAAGUCUACCGAAGGAUAUUCCAAUGCCUAAGCAAUAGCAGAAAACUUGGACCCAAUUUUCCUAAGAUAUGCAAGCAAAGAAGGAUGAGGAGACUGAAGACAACAAAUUUUGCGUCCUUUGGAAACACGGCCAUGUACGGCACUUUGCAGUCUAUUAUAGCUGCAGAAGAUGGCCAGAGGAUACUCAAGAAAAGAAGGUUGAGGAGACGAAAGGCAACUAAGUUUGGAACUUGGUGGUCUGUUAGAGCUGCAGAAAAUGAACAAACACGGGUACAACCCAACAAUGUUUCAUCGACACCUAUUGACAGACAAUUGGCUCCUCAAUUCAGUGUGAAGAACCUACCUGUGGGGAUCGAAAGCUGUGAUAUAAAAUUCCUCUUUACAAUUGCCAACUGCAAUUUUGUAGUGCCAAAUUAUUCGGGGAUAAUGAUUUCACCCACAAUUGCACAAAGAUUGAAAGCAGUUAAUGAUCCAGAUUCAUUCAAGUGUGUGCUAUCCUUAACCCCAUUUGCCACAACAACGAAGAAGAGAUCAAAUGAGUCCACUCGAAGGCUGAAUUUAGGUUACACAACCUUAAUACCGAGUUGUAACCAGUUGCCAUCAGCUCCUUGUACACAAGCCUUUAAUGGUAGAGUUUGGAACCAGGAAGUACUACUUGCAGACAACAAAAAUAUGGUAACAAAGACGCAGUUUAAGAUGGGGUUGUUCCUUGACAAUGCAGUGUAUGGUCAUAAUAAAAUGGAAGGCUGCCCCAAGGAUGUCUUGUCCACUCAGAAAAGUAUUCAGGAUGAGUAUUCAUUAGCAUUCACAGAUGUUAUUGAGAGACUAGAGGGUCUGCGUAUAAGCAAUGAACAUGGUCAACUCAUUGUGUACAAUCAAAAUGCAUAUGGCACAGAUGGGGGGCACGGGCCAGUCAUUCCCUAUAAUCCUAAGAAGCGAAAGCCACCACCUAAGGUUGAUAUUGACCAAGAAACAAUGAGAGUUUGGAAACUACUAAUGGAAAAUGGAGGUGAAGAUGUUGAAGGGGAAAAAGCCGAAGAUAAAGAGAAAUGGUGGGAAGAGCAGAGAGAAGUUUUUCGUGGUCGGGUGGAUUCAUUCAUUGCUCGUAUGCAUCUUAUACAAGGGGAUAGACGUUUUUUGCCAUGGAAAGGUUCAGUGGUGGACUCAGUGGUUGGAGUCUUCCUUACUCAAAAUGUUUCAGACCAUCUUUCAAGCUCCGCCUUCAUGUCUCUCACUGCAAAAUAUCCCCUUCGACCUACAACUAACCACAAAGCAUGUGAUGAAGAUGAGGAAAUUGCAUGCAGUCAAGAAUCAGUUGGAAGUAGUAUAGGAGCAGUUGAGCAAACACUUGAUGCAAACAGUAAUGGGUCUCUUGUCUCUGAAACUAAACUAGAUUUGGGUCAUCAAUUGGUAGAGAACAAUGUCACAACAGCAGGAAGGGAAAUUUCAGAUGAAGCAGAAGGCAGGACAGUAGUCAAAAAUGAAUUUUCACCUCACAAUUUUGUGGAUUCUGUAAUUGAUGGAAAUCCAACAAGUACCUCUCAGCUCUCUACACAAACACUUGAUGCAAACAGUAAUGGGUCACUUGUCUCUGAGACUAAACUAGAUUUGGGUCAUCAAUUGGUAGAGAACAACGUCACAACGGCAGGAAGGGAAAUUUCAGAUGAAGCAGAAGACAGGACAGUAGUCAAAGAUGAAUUUUCACCUCACGAUUUUGUGGAUUCUGUAAUUGAUGGAAAUCCAACAAGUACCUCUCAGCUCUCUACCAUUGAAGUAUUUAGUGGUAUCACUGAAAUUGUGCAGUUGGAAGAAACAGCUUGUCUCCUAAAUUUUAGUAGUUGUGAAAAUGGAAACCUGUUAUUCAAUGAAAGCUUAGUUGAUUGUGACCUAUCAAGAAAAUUGGAGAAUGAAAAGCAAGGAGCAAGCCCCAACAUAUUGUUUGAUGCGAAUGACACACAUGCUCAUGUGUGUUCAUCCAGUUCCCAGAAUCCAUAUUCUUAUAUUCCCCUUACUCCUGCUGAUUUAGAAGCAGAUUCUCUGGAAAUCCUGGCAAAGUCUACAAACACCAAGACGAAGGAUGUAGGGGACAUUAGAAAAAUUAUUGGAUGUGUGGAAUCAUCUGGCAGUGAAACUAUUGUUCGGCAGAAGGCUACACCAAGAGCUCAAGAAGCAACAGUUGACCAGUGUGCAUCAUUAAGCAAGUGCCAAGUGCUCCCAGAAUGCAGUUCACAGACAGAAGUCAACCGAGCAAAGGGCAGGCUCUCUAGCAAGAAUCACCAUGGAGGGAGUAAAAUUAUCCCUCAGACUGAAACUCCCUCGAAGAGAAAGAAAAGCAAGUUUGAGGAGAAGCAAGAUAACCCAAUCAACUGGGAUGAUUUGAGGAAAACCUACAGAGCAAAAGAAACCACAACUAAUACAAUGGAUUCCUUAGACUGGGAGGAAGUUAGGCAGGCGACAGUUGAUGAGGUUGCUGACGCCAUCAAGGGACGAGGGCAGCAUCGUGUGCUUGCAGGACGGAUUAAGGAGUUCCUAGAUCGGGUGGUUAGAGAUCAUGGGAGUCUCAAUCUAGAGUGGCUGCGAGAUGUUCCACCUGACAAAGCAAAGGAUUACUUGCUGAGCUUUAAAGGACUGGGGUUGAAAAGUGUGGAGUGUGUAAGGCUUUUGUCACUCCAUCAUCAUGCCUUUCCAGUUGAUGUCAAUGUUGGACGAGUAGCAGUUCGUCUAGGAUGGGUUCCUUUGCAACCGCUCCCUGAGUCGCUUCAAAUACAUCUUCUAGAGCAGUACCCGCUGUUGGAUACUAUUCAAGUAUACCUGUGGCCACGGCUGUGCACACUCGAUCAAAGAACAUUGUAUGAACUACAUUAUCAGAUGAUUACAUUUGGAAAGGUUUUCUGUAGGAAGCGAAAUCCAAACUGCAAUGCAUGUCCGAUGAAAGGAGAGUGCAGACAUUUUGCAAGUGCAUUUGCAAGUGCUAGGCUUGCCCUGCCAGGGCCACAGGAGAAAAGUAUGGUGAGUUCAAUGGUUCCAGGUGCAGCUGUUCAAAACUCCACCAUGGUCAUUACACCAGUAACUGAGUCCCUGCCUGAGGCUACCUUCUCAGAAUCAAGAUAUCAAACCAAGAACUGGAAACCUAUUAUUGAACAUCCUCCAUCUCCAGUGCCUGAUUCUGCAGAAAAUUUGGAGAGGGACAUUGAAGAUUUUUAUUACGAUGAACAUCCUCCAUCUCCAGUGCCUGAUUCUGCAGAAAAUUUGGAGAGGGACAUUGAAGAUUUUUAUUAUGAGUCCGAGGAUGAUAUACCUACUGUCAGACUUGAUACUGAAGAGUUCAAAGAAAAAUUACGGGAGUUCAUCUACAAAAGCGAUAUUCUCCUUGAAGAGGGUGAAAUGUCAAAUGCUCUUGUAGCUUUAACUUCAGAAGCUGCGUCAAUGUCUGUGCCCAAACUGAAGCAAGUUAGCCGGUUAAGGACAGUGCACCAUGUGUAUGAGCUUCCUGAUUCUCACAUUAUUUUAAAAGAGCUAGAAAAACGGGAACCUGAUGAUCCAAGUCCAUACCUUCUUGCUAUAUGGAAUUCAGGUGAGACUUCAAAUUCCUCCAAAUCACCGAGAAAGCAAUGUGACUCUUUGGGAUCAGAACCAUGCAAUGAGUACACGUGCUCUUCAUGCAAUAAUAGUCAAGAUUUCCAAACAGUUAGUGGAACAAUUUUGAUACCAUGUCGAACAGCAACAAGAGGAAGCUUUCCACUCAACGGAACAUACUUUCAGGUUAAUGAGGUCUUUGCUGAUUAUGAAUCCAGUGAGCACCCUCUUGUUAUUCCUAGAUCAUGGAUAUGGAACCUGCGAAGACGAACUUUAUACUGUGGAGCCUAUGGAUCAGCAAUAUUUAGAGGUUUAUCAAUGCAGGAAAUCCAGAGUUGUUUUUGGAGAGGGUUUGUUUGUGUCAGGGCAUUCAACCGAAAGACAAGGGCACCUGCGCAUUUGGCUCAUAGAUUUCACAUUUCGACAGUAAUUCCAAAAGGGAAGAGAAAAUUCACAGAAGACCAGUAGGAUGUUGUCGGAGAAACAAAUAAGAGAUUGAUUGUCUGAUGUCAUUGUUCAUAUAAUUGUACCUACAAUGGUGGGUCAACAUUCAGUAUUUCAGUAAUACCGUGUCAUCAUGUAAUUGUUCAUAUAUUUGUAAAUACUAUGACGUGUAAAAAUUCAGUAAUACCAUGUCAUUGCUAACGUGAGACAUCACCAUUCAAUAAUAAAACACAGAAUGGGAAUGACACGAGGGAGACUAGAUUCUUUAUUUAAA